GAAUGUUUUGUUUAGUUUAUCAUCACAGAAUCUGCUGCGAGUAUUUCCUUUAUAAGCGCUAGAAAUACGCUACAGAGAAACAAAUAAAUUUUACCGCCGUAUAAGAUAAGUAAUCAAGGCAGGCAGGCGCCAUGGAACAUCAAGUCGACAGCAUACUGGAUAAAGUCAUGGACGUUCCGGGCAAUAUUGGAUGCCUGUUAGCAAAUAACCAAGGGCUGUGUCUGGGAGUCAAAGGUAAUGCAUCGGAACAAUCUGCUGGAAUAAUCGUAGCUAUAUCGGACUUGGCAUCGAAAUUAGAUCCUAGCAAUAGUUCUCCGGUGAUUUCACUAGAAUCGAACGACAAAAUAUGUAUGAUCCACAAACACGGAAUUACAGGAGCGAUCUAUAAACAAAAAGGAGCAUAGAUGUAAUCUUACGUAGGUUGUAAUAAACCGUCAUUUGUUUAAAAUCAA